AUGUUUAAACACAAUGUGAUACAGAAAAAUGGCACCACUUGCAGCACCUACAUUAACCCUGAUGCUCCUCCCUCCCUUUUCUCACCUUGCGUGUGGCCUGUUACUUACAAGGGGAAGCGUUUGUGGUACAGAUUAGACAGAGUUUUGAAUGUGUAUGUUCUUUUUCAGAUUGCUGAUCCUGCAACCUGUGACCAAAUGUAUGAGAGUUUAGUCAGAAUUCACACCAAUUUCUAUAAAAACAAGUAUCCACGCCUAAAAGAUACAAGCUUCACUGGUGUGACAGUGGAAGAAUGCAAGCUGGUCCUGGCAUCAGACACAGGGAAAGAAAAUGGAAAAAACUCCGAGAGAAGUUCUCUGUAAAGAAUGCUGAAGAGGACUCCAAGUGAUAACCUCUCUUCCCAGCCCUGUUUUGUAUAGAUUCCUAAACCACUGUAUAUUGCCAUGAUAAAUAAAGCCACUCAUUCCUCUUAGCAA